CAUCAAUAACUUAGCCUCUGAUGAUCUUCUUGGUUAUCCUAAAACAUCAUCUUGGAAUUCCAGCACAGAUUGUUGCUCAUGGGAUGCGUUAAAUGUCAUGAGCACACAGACCAUGUGAUUCACAUUGAUCUUAGUAGCAGCCAACUCUAUGGUAGAAUGGAUGCAAAUAGCAGUCUCUUUCGCCUUGUGCACCUUCGAGUUCUUGAUCUUUCUGACAAUGACUUCAAUUACUCUCAAAUCCCAUCCAAGAUAGGUGAGCUUUCACAAUUAAAACAUCUGAAACUUUCCCUGAGCUUCUUUUCUGGAGAAAUUCCACCACAAGUUUCACAGUUGUCCAAGUUGUUGUCUCUUGAUCUAGGCUUCAGAGCUACAGACAAUCUGCUGCAACUCAAAUUAUCCAGUCUCAAAAGCAUAAUUCAAAACUCAACAAAACUUGAGACCCUUUAUCUUAGUUCUGUAACAAUUUCAUCUAAUUUACCAGAUACACUCACAAAUCUAACUUCAUUGAAAGCACUGUCUCUAUACAAUUCUGAAUUGUAUGGUGAAUUUCCUGUUGGAGUAUUUCAUCUUCCAAACUUGGAAGUUCUGGAUUUGAGAUCUAAUCCAAAUCUCAAAGGAAGUUUACCUGAGUUUCAGUCUAGUUCACUCACCAAGUUAGGACUUGAUCAGACAGGUUUCUCUGGUACACUGCCAGUGUCUAUUGGAAAGCUUACUUCUUUAGAUACUCUAACAAUUCCAGAUUGCCAUUUUUUUGGAUAUAUUCCUUCUUCACUUGGCAACCUCACACAACUCAUGCAGAUAGACCUUAGAAAUAACAAAUUUAGGGGCGACCCUUCUGCAUCCUUGGCCAAUCUUACAAAACUAAGCGUCUUGGAUGUUGCUUUGAAUGAAUUUACUAUUGAGACCUUCUCAUGGGUAGGUAAGCUCUCGUCAUUAAUUGCCUUGGAUAUAUCCUCAGUCAAAAUUGACAGUAACAUCCAUUAUCUUUUGCAAAUCUCACUCAGCUAGUACUUUUAAGUGCAGCAAAUAGCAAUAUAAAGGGUGAAAUUCCAUCUUGGAUUAUGAACCUAACAAAUUUAGUUGUCUUGAACCUACCCUUUAAUUCUUUGCAUGGAAAGCUAGAGUUAGACAAG